AUGUUGUUCCGGUGCAACGCGUUUACACAUUCGCAAUUUAAGGUACAUACACACUUAAGGAACGGAAAACUACAGGAGAACGAUCGACUGCUGAACAUCAACAACCAGCAACUGACCUCACAAACAACUCAGAAGCAAAUACUUCAUGCACUUGCAUCCAACACCAUCAACAUUCUCAUUGCAAGAAACCAAUUCGGUUCCGUCAUCAAUUUGCCUGAAUCAGUUGAGAAUUUGACAUUUUCAACACUUUCAAAGCCGUCUAAGACAGAUACUACUUCAAAGCAAAGACCUAUUUCGUUGUUCCUACCGAAGAAUGUUGAGUUCUGCGACGAGAGUUACAAAGGUUGCGAGGUGCCAGACAGUGUGGAUGCAUUUCAGAAGCAAUCUCAAGGUCUGAUUGCCUUCGACAAGCAAGUCAUCAGCUCGCUGAAAAAGCAAAAUCUAAAACAAGAUAAACAACAACAGCAGCAGCUGAAAAGAUUGCAACAACAUCAGCAGCAUCUGCAACUUCUGCAACAGCAUCAACAAUUGCAACAGAAGCAACAACAACAGAAACAACAACUGCAACAACAAUCUUUCAAAUCUAAACCUCUUCCACAGCCAGUUUAUUCUCAAACUUCUAUUCAAUGUUUUCAAAAUUCGCCUUCGCACUCCCCAAAGCUAACUCUACCACAACAACAGCCACAACAGCAACCACAACAACAGCCACAACAGCAACCACAACAGCAACCACAACCACACAUAUCGUCAUCAAUAUCAACAUUACAACUAUCAUCAUCAUCGUCGCCGUCAAAGUCUCCAGAAGGUUCUAUCAAUAGAUCAGCAGCCACUGGAGCGCCUCCACUGAUACAGAAAGAUGCCGUUGGGCAAAAUGAAACUCCACUGGCAGAAAUGGUGGUCGGUACUAUUGAUCUGCCAGAUUCACUUCUAGUUCAUUAUAAAUAUAAACUUUCAUGA